AUGAUGAAAUUAAGAAUUCAUUAUUGAAAGGAACGAUUUCACGUAAACAUCACGACGAUGAUGAUUUGAUUUUGAGUUUUUCGAAUAACCCCAUCUACAAAUGACGUCAUUUGAACAACGGACUGCGGCCUUUGCACACAAGCGUUCUCAAGCCUUCGAGUCCGGAGAGGCGCUCAGUGUGGUGACAAUGUGACCCGUGAGCGUUGUAAAUGUGACUCCGCUCAGUUGUCCUGGUCUAUGUUUAGCUGCUCUAUUUUGAAAUGGAGUCUCCCAUCACAAAGUGAAGCGGUUCCUCUCCGGCGUCUCGACAGCACGUCCGGAAAACCUCCAGCUCCUCCGAUGUUCAUCGCAGCGUCUCCAUGUCGGUGCACAGUCUCGAACGCGCAGAAGACGGAAGUCGCAAAGUGGACUCGGGCGGUGCUGCCAGACUGACGGUGGUUGUGGAGGACGUCCGCUUCUCCGAGGAGAAGGCGCUACUGGUCCGGAGCUGCGACUACUUUGGCGCACUCUAUCGCUCCGGAAUGAAGGAGUGUCGCCAGGAGGAGAUCCGCCUCCAGUGUCUGCCCGCUCGCGGCUUCUUCAUCGCCUUGGCGGUCACGCGAGGCGAGGCGCCCACUUUGGAUGCCGAUGACAUCGUGGAGGCUAUCCAAUGCGCCGCUUUCCUGCAGGCGGCGCCACUCACCGGGCACCUGGUGGAGCUGGUCGACUCCGACAACUGCUUGCUCAUGCUCCACACCGCCUCCACCUUCGGCCUCCUGGAACUCUACCGUGCCGCCGGGCUGUACAUUCGGGAUAUGUACGCCGACAUAGAGGCAGAGGUCCGGCGGACUCUGCCGCCGGAACUGAUUUCCUUCGUGGAGUCACUGAGCCCGAGCGCUUUCGUGGCCGUCGGCGCCCACGUCAGCUGCGUCGAAAGCGAAAGCGUCCACGCCACCUCCAGGACGGUCUGCUACCUGGAUGAAACGGGCAACGCGUGGAAAACUCUGACCGACCUCCCUCCGGAGGCCAGCACCUCCAUGGCAGGCGUGACCGUCCUGGACAACAAGCUCUACGUGGUGGGCGGCGUCCGCGGCGUCCGCAGGGACGUGGUGGACGCGUGCUUCCGCUACGACGCGGACGAGAAUCUCUGGAGCCAGCUGGCAGGUCCGGCGCAACCGCGCUUCAACUUCAGCCUCCUGGGACGAGACGGCCGCCUCUACGCCAUGGGAGGAGAGUACCAGCGGACGGUGAUGUCAUCUGUGGAAACGCUGGAGGUCCGGAGCGGCGGGUGGAAGUUCGCCGCGCACCUGCCGAAGCCGGCGGCGGGGGCGGCGUGCGCCAAAGCCACGGGGAGGAUUUUCGUUUGCUUGUGGAGACCGAUGGAGACGACCGAGAUCCACGAGUACGUCCCGAGCGCGGACGAGUGGCGUUUGGUCGCCAGCCUCAUCCGCCAUCAGAGCUACGGCCACUGCAUGGUGGGCCACAGGGACAAUCUGUACGUGAUGCGCAACGGGCCGUCGGACGACUUCCUGAGGUGCAUGAUGGACUGUUACAACCUGAGCACGGGCCAGUGGACCUCCCUGCCGGGACACUUUGCCAACAGCAAGGGUUCGCUCUUCACCGCCGUGGUUCGGAGCGACUCGGUCUUCACGCUCAACCGGAGCGCCACGCUGGAGUACGUGGUCCACGGGAAGACCUGGAAACCCCGACGGCAGAUGAAAGGGUUCCGGAGUGGAUCGCUGUGGACGUUCUUGCUCAGGCUACCGGCGGUCGGAAUCCCUCAGACAAAUGAUUGACCAGUUCUUUGGUCUUCCUGGGAACUGGGACACCACCGAUUAUUUGAGGGCGGGGGGAUGUUGUGAACGACUUCCCACAGGAAACCCCUCAGCCGAGGUCUCCCAAGUGGGGACGUUUCUGCGCUGGCUACCC